UUCUUCCUUAUCCGCAUGAUCUCUCUCUCAUAACUCUACUUUUCUGUUCUUUUCUCUCUGGUUUCGAUCUGAAGCAAUUUUUUGGGUGAAAUAGCUUUUUGGCGAUGGAUCUGUUUAACUCUGUCUUGAAUUGGGUGGUGCCUCCGGCGAGCUUGGUGAUGCUGGCCUUCGCAUGGCCAACCCUGUGCUUUCUCAAUGCUUGUGAGUGGCUUUACAAGUCCUUUAAUAGUGAAAAUAUGGAAGAUAAAGUGGUUAUUAUCACUGGAGCUUCCUCUGGGAUAGGGGAGCAAAUAUCAUAUGAAUAUGCAAAGAGGGGAGCAAAUCUUGUGUUGGUGGCAAGGAGAGAGAGUAGGCUGAGAGUGAUCAGUGAGAAUGCAACGUUCAUGGGUGCAAGGCAUGUCACAGUUAUAGCUGCAGAUGUUGUCAAGGAAGACGAAUGUAGAAGAUUCGUCAAUGAAACAAUAAACAUCUAUGGGCGUGUGGAUCAUCUUGUAAACACAGCAAGUCUGGGACAUACUUUCUACUUCGAGGAAGCGACUGAUACAUCUGUGUUUCCACAUUUGCUGGACAUAAAUUUUUGGGGAAAUAUUUAUCCAACAUUUGUUGCUUUACCUUACCUGCACCAGAGCAAUGGUCGAGUCAUUGUUAAUGCAUCAGUGGAGAACUGGUUACCUCUGCCAAGAAUGAGUUUGUAUGCUGCUGCCAAGGCAGCUCUUGUAAACUUCUACGAGACACUGAGAUUCGAAGUGAAAGAUGACAUUGGAGUUACAAUCGCAACACAUGGUUGGAUUGGGAGUGAAAUGACUGGAGGCAAGUUCAUGCUAGAGGAGGGGGCUGAGAUGCAAUGGAAGGAAGAAAGAGAAGUACAUGUGAGUGGUGGAUCAAUGGAGGAGUAUGCAAGGCUGAUAGUAUCUGGGGCAUGCAAAGGAGAAUCAUACGUGAAGUUUCCAAGCUGGUAUGAUAUAUUCCUCCUCUACAGGUUUUUUGCACCAAAUGUUCUGAAUUGGACGCUGCGAAUUCUUCUUUCCUCGCAUGGCGCGAGGAAAACAUCUCUGGUGGGCACGGGGAGGCCCCUGCAGCUGGAGUACUCUGCAAAGCCUCUAAUUGAAGGCACCCCUCCCAGGAAACAGCUUCUUGCUAGUCCCACUCACUACUCCCAAUUCUCCACUCCGCAGCAGCAGCAGCAGCUCAAAUGGGAAUGAAAAAUGCUUUCACGUACAACCCCUACAUCCUUGCAUGCAUGUACCUCGUACCUUCUAUAAAUAGAUAAUUCGGUUUUUUUAUGCUGGAAAUUUGUCACGUACAGAUAUUUCUAUACUCUGUUUAAUAAAAAAACAUAAAUGUCGGAUGAUGCCUAGCUAGCUCUUUCCGGAUAUUU